GGUUAAAGCGCCCGCUUUGUGUGUUUGUUAAGAUGUCUUUCUCAGGCUCUUCGUGUCAGUAGUGUCGUGCACUCGUUCGCAGUCGCUGUUUGCUAGGUGUGGGGACUGGGUGUGACCGUCACACUGGAACUGCGGUGUUAAACUUUGCUUCGUUAAAGAGUUGCACUUUUUUUAAGUCAGGAUGGUGUACCACCCCGAGUUCGAGAAGGCGGGGCAGCAGGCGGGGCUCCAGGUGUGGAGGAUCGAGAAGAUGGACCUGGUCCCGGUGCCGCAGAAGCUCUACGGGGAUUUCUUCACCGGAGAUGCCUACGUGAUCAUGAACACCGUCAAGCAGAGAUCCGGACAGCUGCAGUACGACCUGCACUUCUGGCUCGGUGAUUUCUGCUCCCAGGACGAGAGUGGGGCGGCUGCCAUUUUCACAGUCCAGCUGGAUGAUUACCUCCAGGGCAAACCCAUCCAGUACAGGGAGGUGCAAGGGCAUGAGUCCCACACCUUCCUAGGGUACUUCAAAGCGGGCCUCAAGUACAAGGAAGGGGGCGUGGCUUCCGGUUUCAGGCACGUGGUAACCAACGAGGUCAUCGUCCAGCGCGUGCUCCAGGUCAAGGGCCGGCGUGUCGUCAGGGCAACGGAGGUUCCGGUCAGCUGGGACAGCUUCAACCAAGGAGACUGCUUCAUUCUGGACCUGGGAGAUGAGAUCUUCCAGUGGUGUGGCUCCCAGGCCAACCGCUUCGAGAAGCUAAAGGCCACCCAGGUCGCCAAGGACAUCCGCGACAAUGAACGCAGCGGCCGGGCCAAGGUCUACGUGUGCGACGAGGGCAGGGAGCGGGAGAAGAUGCUGGAGGUUCUGGGAGCAAAGCCUGAUCUGCCUGAAGGAAGCUCUGAUGAUGUCAAGGCUGAUGCAUCCAACAGGAAGCUGGCCAAGCUGUACAAGGUGUCGGACGCAAGUGGGGACAUGGCCAUCGCUCUGGUGGCUGCAGAGAACCCCUUCUCUCAGAGCUCCCUGGAGUCGGGAGACUGCUUCAUCCUGGACCACGGCUCUGACCACAAGAUCUUCGUCUGGAAAGGCAAGGACGCCAACACCGAGGAGAGAAAGGCAGCCAUGAAAGCAGCAGAGGAGUUUAUUAAGAAGAUGGGAUACCCCAAACACACCCAGAUCCAGAUCCUGCCGGAGAUGGGCGAGACUCCGCUCUUCAAGCAGUUCUUCAAGAACUGGCGCGACCGGGACCAGACGGAGGGCAUGGGCGUGGCUUACGUGUCCAACCACAUCGCCAAGAUCGAGAAGGUGCCCUUCGACGCCUCCUCGCUGCAUGACUCUCCUGCCAUGGCAGCGCAGCACGGGAUGGUGGACGGCGGGCAGGGGGAGAAACAGAUCUGGAGGAUUGAGAACUCGGAUAAGGUGCCUGUGGACCCCUCCACAUACGGGCAGUUCUACGGAGGAGACAGCUACAUCACCCAGUACAGCUACAGUCACGCAGGCAGACAGGGGCACCUCAUCUACACAUGGCAAGGAUCAGACUCCUCCCAGGAUGAGAUUGGAGCUUCAGCCAUCCUCAGCGCCCAGCUGGACGAGGAGCUGGGAGGGGGUCCGGUGCAGGUGCGGGUAAUCCAGGGCAAGGAGCCAGCCCACCUGAUGAGCAUCUUCGGAGGGCAGCCCAUGGUGGUGUACAAGGGGGGCACCUCCCGCGACGGGGGGCAGUCCACCCCCGCAGAGACCCGCCUCUUCCAGGUCAGGGCCAACUCUGCAGGGUUCACCCGCGCCGUGGAGGUUGAUGCCUGUGCCUCCAGCCUGAACUCCAACGAUGCCUUCGUGCUGGUCACCCCCAGCGCCUCCUUCAUCUGGGUGGGACAGGGCGCCUGUGACACGGAGAAGAGCGGGGCCAAGAAGCUGCUCCAGAUCCUGGGGGCGUCUGCCUCCGAGCUGCAGGAGGGGGGAGAGACAGAUGAUUUCUGGUCCGCUCUGGGAGGGAAGCAACUGUACCGCACCUCCACCAGGCUGAAGGACAAGAUGGACUCGCACCCACCCAGACUGUUCGCCUGCUCCAACAAGACCGGCCGCUUCAUUAUUGAGGAGGUGCCUGGGGAGAUGAUCCAGGAGGAUCUCGCACAGGAUGAUGUCAUGAUUCUCGACACCUGGGAGCAGGUGUUUGUUUGGAUUGGAAACGAAGCCCAGGAGGAGGAGAAGACCGAGGCCAUGGCUUCAGCUGCACAAUACAUCAAGAGUGACCCUGCGAACCGAGACCCGCGCACGUCCAUCGUCCUGAUCAAGCAGGGCUUCGAGCCGCCUACCUUCACUGGCUGGUUCUUGGGCUGGGACUACGAUUACUGGACGGUCGACCCCCUGGAGAGGGCCAUGGCGAGCCUGGAGGUCUGAGCCGGGACACGCUAGGACCUGCCGCCCCCCAACCCCCACCUCCCACCUCCCACUGCCUUACCAACAAGCUUCUGUCUGCAGCCCCCCCCCCCAUUACCAGGGAGUCCCAGACCUGUCAAGACACACACACACUGCCAUCCCACCCACCUCCUGUUCUGCUCCGGUUCACUGACUCUAGUUCACGGUUUCUCCACCGUUUUUUUUUUUUUUGACUGUUGGUUACUGAAAAGUUAAGCACAGUCAGUAGUAGUCAAGUUACCAGUGCUAUUGCAAGCUUUGUACCAUUCUAGUAAGUACGGCUUUUUUUUUUCCAUUUAAAAUUGCACGAAUCUGCACUGCGUUAGAACAUCAUUAUUACAAAGCCUGAUCUUGCAAAUAGGUGGGGGGUGGGUCAUUAAUUCUAAACCUAUAAACCAAGAGGUGGAUUCAGUUCAGAGGAUGUGUGGUGUUAACACUGCCACGUAGAGUCACAGGAGUCCUAGGGUAGGUGUUUUGUUCUAGAUCCUUUCAAUUAAGAAUGUAGACUGCAGUACUUUUCCCUAGCCCACUAGAUGGCAGUCCAUAUAGUUCCGGAGGUCACCUUAGUUGGAAAAUUAGUUCUUGGGAGGGACUGAGAAAACAGCUGGAUGUUGCCCCUCCCCUUUUUACUUCAGUGUCUAACAGGUCAGGGUGGCUGGUUUUUUUUUCUAUUACAAAUACCCAUGCAGUCGUGCAAUAUUUUUUGUUUUUGUUUAUCGGCAAGCUAUUUGCACCGGCACUUCAAUGAGCUUUAUAAACCAAUAAUAAAUAAACUUUGUAAAGCUGGAA